AAAAGAAUUUUGCCAAAUUUUCACAAAAAUCUAAAUAAAUUAAGCUAAAAAUGGAUAAUGAAUUAAAAUCAAAAGUGGAGGCCUGCUGUCGUACAGCUGAGGAUUUUACCAAAUUAUAUUAUCAAUCAUUCGAUAAAAGAAGACAUCAAAUGAAUCGUCUUUACUUGGACAAUGGUCUAUUUGUGUGGAAUGGCAAUGGCGCUUCCGGCAAAGAUAAUAUACAAAAAUACUUUAUAGAAUUACCCUCCACAGAACACACCAUCUCAACAUUGGACGCUCAACCUAUAGUAGAUGAGGCAGUGGCUGGCCAAUUGACCUAUUUAAUACAGACUGGUGGCACUGUAAAGUACACUGACCAACCUAUGAAAACCUUUCAACAGACUUUUAUUAUAACGGCUCAAGAUGAUAAGUGGAAAAUUGCUAGUGAUUGUUAUCGUUUGCAGGAUGCUUUAGCGACGCAAGAUACUAAAUAGUAGUGUUAGGAUGAAAGAUCAUAAAGUAGAUUAUAUUUUUGUAAAAUGACUUUAAUAAAAAAAAAGAAUUUUGUGUUGAAAAUCGAAAUUUUUAAAUACAA